GUCGGUAGGGUCACUGUCUCGCAAAUGUCUGAAGCGCAAUAUCUAAUAUGCGGGUGAUAUGGUGAAAGGAAUCAAUAGAUGUAGUCAUACGCUUAUAAUGACUUGUUUUAAUAAUUCUUCCAUAAAUGUAAUUCCUUUCCCGCUACUAUAACUUCAUCUAAGAUGAGGCUGUGUCAGAAACUGUGCUUUGUUGGAGCAAUGUCGGUUAUCUUGGCGACAGUGUGCUUCGCAAUUGUCAAACCUGCUCUCAUUUUAUACAGUUUCUCCAUCUUGUUCUUGAUACUGAUUUUGAUACGAGGAUAUAACUACUGGAAAAAUAAGUAUCUACUGUUCAUGUUGGACCAAUGUUAUUUUAUAAACUAUGUGUCUUUGAUUUUCAUAUGGAUCAUGCCCCAAUCACACAUAAUGCAGAUGUUUCAAUUCGGCCUGGCUAAUGCUCAUGCAUAUGGAGGAACGUUUCUCUUCCGCAAUGCACUUGUCCUCCAUGAUAUCCAGAGGCUUACGUCGUGCUUUAUACAUGUUCUUCCAGCUCUGUUCUCUUUCUUAAUCAGAUGGUAUCCUUCAGAGACAUCAGUAUGUUGGUAUACUAACUUAUUCGAUUCACAUGCAUCUCGAGGACUGUUAUUUUGGAAUACUGAUGUUGAUUGGUUUUGGCUUGUUGCGGCUCCCUCUUUGUUUCAUCUUAUACGUGAAGUACUCUAUUAUAUUAUUAUCUAUGGGUUUGUAAGACCUAGUGAUGAAUAUCUGGACAGCUUUCGAUAUUUACAUAAGAAGAAGAUAUUAUGGCGUAUCUUUUGGAAACAUAUUGAUAAACGAUUGCAUUUAAUUAGUUGGAUUGCAUUCAAUUUAAUCCUGAGUACUAUUCUCCUACUGAUUGCUGUUGUAGCCUGGUCAAAUUAUCUUUUUCAUGUGACAAUGUUAAUUAUUCAAACGCUAACAUUAAUCUGGAAUGGUGCUUGCUAUUAUUUAGACUACUUUCCAAUCGAGUGUAGGCGUACUCUCCACUUGGAACCGGAGAAAACUAUCAUCAGUAUAUCUAGAAAUGAGAAUAAUAUCACUACUAAUACUACUACUAAUAAUAAUAAUAACAAUAUUAAUAAUAAUAGUAAUAAUAAUCAGACAGGUCCUGAACAUAUAACCGAUGAUGUCUAUGGUAGUGUAGCCGCAAGUUUAUUUUCACGUUAUCCUUUACCAGAAGAAAUUAAUUCUGGAAUACUUAGCAAUGGGCAUACCCUAGCUGAUGAAGAGAAAUGCCUGCCUUUCGAGGCUGUUGAUACGCGCUAGAGUUCUUCUUCUUCUUAUUAUUAUUAUUUAUGAUUUCCUUUCCAGAGAUCUUGUUCCCCCCUCCCCCCGAAAUAUUUGUCAUCAAUCCAAAGAUAUUGUUGUUGUCUGUCGUUGUUGUUGUUGUUGUUAUAUUACCACUGUUCCAUACAAUUAUAUUCGAGAAAAAUUUAGCGCAUCCUAUCCAUCUGUCUUCAUCCCUAUAUCUAAGUCAUUCAUUGGUUAAGGUUAAGGAGUUUGUCGUAAUCAAUAAUUAUAUAUAUAAAAUAGAUCUCAUUUGCACGAAUAGGCUAUCAUGUAGUAUGUAUAAGCCAGCUUUAUACAUAUGUAUAUACAUAUAUACUACCCACCAUCCGGUGCUUUGAAUUGCUGUUAUGAUGUAUAAUGUCCACUUCUUUUUAUUAUUUCUACUCUUUUCUUUGUAUAGGAUUUUACAUCUCUUGAAAAAACUGAGGCUUUUUUUUCUUAUAGAUCUCUUGUUGUAUUAUUGUUCCUUUUCAGUGUGUUGUUGUUAUAUAAAUAGCAGUACUACUGAUAAUGAGUUAUAUUACUGAAUUCUACGAUCUCUGUCUUAACGUUUUACAACUUUUAUUGUACAGUCAGUCAGUCGUCUUAGAUUUGAUUUCAUUGAAUCUCCUUCAGAGUUUAAAAUUGAUAUACCAUGAAAGAAGAAAAAUCAAUAUAUAUGUGUGUGUGUGCUGUUUCACACACACACUUUAACGUUGAGCAACACUCACUGUUGUUGUCGGUGUUGUUGUUGGUCGUGAUAUUGUUAUCGUUAUUAAUUUCCCAUUAGAAUAUAAUAAGAUGCUACGAAUUGUAUAAUGAUAUUUCCUUAUAAGACCGGUUUUUAAUUAUUCUCCUUUUGGCGGGGAUUUGAUUCGUAGACGUGAAUUGUAUUGUUGCUCUCUUUUUUCCUUCUUUUUCGUCUUUGGCUGGUUGGUAAUUCAGUUUACUACCUUGAUUACUAUUAUUAUUUCCAUUGGCUUCAUUUCAUUAAAUAAAAUAUAAUCAUGGUGUAAAUUUAUGGGGUACACAAUUUGUGCUUUGUGUUUUGAUUUUAUACCGAAGAGUUUCGUUGUACAGGCACACACAACAAUAUACGAUAAGGUAGGUGACUUUACCAAAUGUAUCUAUCGUUACCACUUAAUUAUAUCCACUGUAAUAUAUUUAACCUGUCAGGAAGGCUUCGUGUACUUUUG